AUGGUAGCUCCCUUGACACUGAGCCGGAGUUUAGGGGAAAGAACUACGCCACCUUCUACCACCAUCAUCCUGGGCACGCACGAAGCCCCUUCUGCCCCUCCUCACAGCCGCCCACGGAGAGUGCCAGGGGGGCCUGUUCUCUGCAGGGGUAUGGAGAGGAAGAACUCAGAGUGCUGUGAGGCCCCAAAGAAGCUGGGACUGUCAUUCUCCAUCGACGAGAUCUUAAAGAGGCCCGCUGAGAGCAGUGAUGGAGUCAGGCUGGAAGGGGCAGGUGGACAGGGCACCAGGCAAGCAGCAGCUACAGGCUCCGGGCCAGAGAGGCCCCCACAGGACCAGCCCCAGGAGGAGAGAAGGAGCAAGCGGAGGGUCCGAACCACCUUCACCACCGAGCAGCUGCAUGAGCUGGAGAAGAUCUUUCACUUCACCCAUUACCCAGACGUCCACAUCCGCACCCAGCUGGCGGCCAGGCUCAACCUCCCAGAAGCUCAGGUGCAGAUCUGGUUUCAGAAUCAGCGCGCCAAGUGGCGGAAGCAGGAGAAGGUAGGCAGCAUCGGGGCUCCGCAGCAGCUGAGUGACGCCAACGUGGCCCCAGCCACCAAUCCGGACAUGGGUGGUCCCCUGCUGCUGCCCCCUGCACUGUCCAGGCUGGCUCCUCCCCCGGGGUGUUAUCCAUCAGCUCAAGGUCAGCUGGCCUCUGCCUGGUUCCCUGCCCGGAUCACCGUCUUCCCACGCCACCCAUGCGAGACACAGCCUCUCCCAGACCCUGUCAUCCAGCAGACCUGCUUUCCAACAUCCGGCUUCCUUCCCCCUCUGCACCCCAAAUGGGGCAGCAUCUGUGCCACUCCAACAUAG